AUGACUCCUUUUUCUGUUUUACAGUCCACUUUUAAGGAAAAAGCUGGAGAUGAUGUCGAGAGGUUAGAUGGAGGGACCGUUUUUAAAUUAUGGAAAAAUUCUGCUGGGGGUCGUAGUCGUGGUCGGGUUUAUGGAACAACGGAUUUAGCUAUAAAUCUAAAGCAUGGAUCUACAUCCUUUAUCCAACAACCUCAACAUUCCCAUGGAUCUAUGUUUGGGACAUCCUUUGAAUCAGAGAAAGCAUCUAGAAUUAGAGCUGAACAAUUGGCUGCAGUUACAUCAGCUCGACUCGAAGAGGCUACCAAAGCUAUUCAGGCGUCAAAUGAGAUUGCUCGGAAGGCAUUUAUCAUGCAGAAGCUUGACCCUACAAAUGGUCAAUCUGCUAGUGUUGUCAUUCGAUCGUCAAAUCCUCACUAUGAUGAUGAUUUAGAUGACCAAUCAUUAAGUGAAGAUUGA